AUGACGAGCCACAUGGCCUCCUGCCGUGAGCAGCAGCACCGGCACAAUGCACCACAUGGUGCCCAGCCACAAGCGGCUGCAAGCAGCCGAAGAACUUGGGCAGCGGCGCAACAGGUGUCGGGAUUGGGAGGCCUGGCUGCAGAGGUCCUAAGACAGUUAAACUUGAAAAUGUAUCACAAAAUAAGAAAUACUAUAUUUUCACCUGUGAAAUACCAUGCAAUUGACUAUUCUUAUGAGAAACUGACAAAACAGAGAAUUACCUUUCAGUUGUUAUCAAUUCACAUCCCUUUUAGUUUAUAUCAGGAUAUACAUUACUAUCAUGAUGGAAAAUUGGCUGAUAAUAAAUAUAGAACACCCUGGACAAGAGCUUCAGCUGAUUCCACUGUGAUGAACAUUUCAGUACUUGAUAUUUGGAAAAAGUAUCUCUUCACUGAAGAUCUCUUAGAGACGAAACCCAUUUCAAAUACUGCCUUCCAUACUCCCAGUGAAGAUUUUGAAAUUAUUCCAAGUUCAAAUCCUUGUUCUCAGUUCAGUACAGAAGAUUAUAUGCUUAUGAAACUUAACAAGGAGAAACUAGCUGAUAGAAACCGACUGCAGCUGGAUUAUUUUCCAGUUGCACUUAAAGAAGGUUUAUAUAUUGAAGAAGAACUUGUUUUCACUAAUAAUUUGACACAGUCUGCUAAACGUCUACCUACUCUGCAAACACUCUUGAGUCGGCUAAGUGUUUUCCAAGUACAAGAUCCCCUUUUAAAUUUUAAAGGUGACAGUUUCAUAGAAGAAGACAUAUUGAGGGAAUGCUUGACUUUCAGAAGGAGUGUGACACCUCAAAAAAAAGGAAUGGAAUUAAGUGAAGAUUUCUGCAAAGUUUCUUUAAAGGAUGAAGAGAUUCCUUUAUUUCUUGUUAAUUUUCAAUUUUGUGAAGCAACAAACUCAAAGCUGGAUAUGGAGAUUCUCACAUGUUUAGCCCUAAAAUCUUCAUUACAAAUAACUCCAGAAAUUUUAGAAGAUGAAAAUGAAUGUGUCAGAAUAACUAAUGAAAAACUUAACAUGACAAUUAUACCGGAGAUGAUAAAGAGUUCAAAACAUUGCUUUACUCAAGAGGUUUAUUCGAGUCAGGACAAAGAUCUACCAGAAUUCAACAAUCCAAUAAGUUACAUUGGAGAACUUGAGGUGCCAUUAACUCCUCCAUGUAGGAAAGAAAAUAUGCACAUGAAUUCAUUGUAUGUCCACUUAAAACCAGAACCUGUUUCUCCCAUUAAUAAAAGUGAUUUCAUUACAGAAUCUACUUCAAACUAUUUGGAAGGGCUUAUGUGGCAGUCAGAGAAAUACCAGAAUGCUAUGACUUCACUUUUCCUAAUAGUACCUCAGACUUCUAUUGCUGUAUGUCAACAGUUUUCAGUCACAGAACUGAAGACAAAGUUGUCUAUACAUGAAAAUUCCAUGACUGCCGAACUCUUGGAAGAAGAUGAGUGGAUUAAUUUAAGAGAAAACCUGACUGUACCGUGUGUCUUAGAAGCACUGAGCAUAAAUGUAAAUGAUGAGAGAAGACUUGAUAAUAUGAAUAUUGAAGAUUUUUCCAAAAUUACUAAUUUCCAGUUAGACAAAUGGCUUGAUGACAAGGGUCCCUACUGCGACAGCAACAUGAAGAUUUUCAGUAUCCUUCAUUAUACUGGGACCAAGGAUUUUUAUUCUCCUAAAAAAAAUGAGACUUUUUCUUUACUACCUCUGACACCUACUUCACUACAGUAUGGUAUUUCUACAGCCGACAACAAUGUAUCUACUGAAAAUUAUAUCAAACAAACCAAAUCACAAAAUGAAAUUGAAAAGCCAGUGCAGAUUGAAAGCCAUGAAGUAGAAAAAAACAAUCAAUUAGUCAGUUGCAAGAAAGUCUCUAUCUCAGCAAAUAGUACAUUAAGAAGCAAUAAGUCAGCUCUAUCUGAACAGCCUAGAAAAUGUAAAGAUGACUUUGAUCUUUUGAGUAAUUUUAUCAUGCUGAGAUCUAAACAGGUGAUCAGCCAAAGUGAUGAAGGAAAUAAUGUGGAUAUUCAAGAAGAAGAAAACAAGAAGCACAAUAGCAACCUACAGUCUCUUGAAUGUGCCAUGCAGCUAUUACAGCUUUUCAGGUUUUCAUUGUAUAAGAAGCUAUCAUUUUGGGUGCAGGCUGCAUUCAGUUCCCCAGUAUUGGUAUUUGAUCCUGAGGAAGAACAACCUUCACUUGAAAGCCACAAAAGUCCUGGUGUUCCUGGCAUGACAGUUCCUGUGGAAAACCUCCAUAGACAUAUGGAAAACCAAUCAAAAGACAGUCAUACAUUAGCUUUCAUCAAAAUUAAAACAUCAGAGUGUCAGUCUCAGGCAUAUCAUAUCCUGGAAGCUGCAGCGGCUCCAGUUUUGAAAGAACUUAUAAAGCUUGACAUGCAGAAUUGGAGAUUUGCCACACUUAAUUCUGAUAACACCAGGUUUUUUUUGAAACAACAAGAGAAAGUGAUCAGUGACACAUUGAAACAAGGUGGGACUGCUGACAAAGAGGCAAAGUAUAUUUUGGCAUUCAGACAUGCUGCUAUUCUUCAUUUGCUGGUUACAGUUCGUGAUCUUUUAUUAACCUGUAACUUGAACAUCGCAUUAGAAUAUCUGUCCAAGACAAAAGAUAAUUAUAAAGAUUUCCAAGACUAUGACCUGGAUAUUAUUUGGAAACAGCUGAAAAUUGUGGAAUUUGUUGUGCAGGAGCACAAAGUCAGUCCCAAAGUGACAGAAUUACAGCAUCAAAUUUCUAAGUGGGUACAGAAUAAUCCAAAUGAUCAGAAUAAGGUAUUAAUUGUGAUUAGAAUGGAUUUUGAUGAAGAAACAGAAGUCCUAAUCAAUACCAUUAAUACAGUGCAAGGCUUGAAGGCCAUAUUUUUGAAUUCUAAGAAAAGAGGAAUGUUGUUUGAGAGUAAACAUAUAAUAAAUAGUUUGGACGUAUAUUCUUGUAUCAUUGUACAUAAUCCACAUAUUGGGCCUGAUUUCCCCUGGACCAAUUUUUCAUUGGUGAUAGAGUACAACUACAAUGAGAAUUCCUGUUGGAUUGAUCUAUGUAAAAAAAUGAAUAUACCUUACUUAAUUUUCCAAACAGCUCCCCCAGAAGCAAUUGAAACUGAAGAGUUUUUGUCUGAUAAUCUUGGAUAUGAUCUUCUGAGGUUGUCAAUUCCUUAUGUUUUUUUGACAUCUGAAGGACUUCUCAAUACCCCAGAAAUCCUUCAGUUACUGGAAUCCAAGUAUAAUAUUACUUUAAUUGAAAGAAACUGCUGUGAGGCCUUAAACUAUUUUGGAGGCACAGAACAUUAUGUUGUGAUGACUAUAGAUGAAUGCACAGCUAUUGUUAUGCAGAACAUGGAAGAACUCAAUUAUGAAAACUCCUCUAAUAAUAUUGUCUUAAGACUGAUGGCGCUAUCACUCCAGUAUGCCUCCUGUUGGAUUAUUUUAUACUCCAGAGAAAGAUUAAAUUCUAAAUACAGCCUAACUGGAAAAUCCCUGCAUCAUCUUGCUUUAAUUUACGCAGCCUUGAUUUCUUUUGCACAGAAAUCAGAAGACUUUGAAGUGAAGAUGGCCCUUACACCAGGAGUUGAAGAAACAGCACUUUUGGUUCGCCAGAUAGCUGACCACAUAUUAUUAGCUUCUAAACAACAUCCACAGGAGUGGCUAAACAAGUCAUGGCUUUCUGUCCUGCUAUCAGAAGCAGAGAAAUGCUUGCUUACCUUUCCAUGCAUGAAUCCACUAGUUGCUCAAGUCAUGCUAAAGAAAAGUUCUUCGCUGGGAUGGCUCCUGGCAGCAUCUUUUGCUGAGCUUCAGGAACUUCUGCCUGAGGUGCCAGAAAAGGUUUUGAAGACUUUUAGUGACAUCACAUCAUUAUACAUCUUCAAGCCACUAACACAAAAAGAAAUUACGCCUCUUCAAGGAAAUAUUAAUUCUGCCACCUGCUCUCGUUCUCAACUUCCAUUUCUUGAGGCUUUGUUCUCCAGAUUUCAAGGACAUAAUUCCUUUACUGAGUAUUCAGAAGAACAGAUCAAAAACUGUUCCCCGGAUAUCGGCCAGAAUGGAUCUUGUGGCUCUCUGAAAUCAACUGAAGAACAUAACUUAGAUCUACCUUCAAUAUCGUAUGAAGGAGACACCUGUCCCUUUCAGGAUAAUGUAAGGGUAGAGAGGCAGCUUUAUCUCCCAUUUCUGAAAAAAGUGGAAACAGAAACAAGAAUAAAUGCAUCGCAUUUAACACUGAAUAAUAUUGGAGGACCUUCCCAUAUCAACACUGAAACCACAGUGCCAUAUUUGCACUGUAACCAGGACUCUAGCCCUUAUAUUGAGAAUUGCCCACUAAAUAGGAUUACUGUUUCAAAAGUGGGCACAGGCAAACAGCUAGAUAUCUCUGAGUUCUUGAAGAAGCCGAUCUAUCAUGAUGCUAAAAAUGAACAUCUGGGAAAAAUUCAACCUCUUGCGCAACAGCUGAAUUCUUUCCAUGAUUUCAAGCAUUCUCCUCACUUCGUUUCUAGUAGAAAUGAUGUUCCGUUCCAGCAAAGCUCAGGCAAUUUUUUAGAAAUAGGAAGAAAAGCAAGCAGCAAUCCUGAAUCAGAGGAAAGAUUUUGGGGUAACUCCCCAUUCAUACAAGCAAUGGAUUCUUCUCCCUGUGAUUCGCACGUACGCAAAGCCAUAUCCAGUCCAGAUAGGUUCAUGAACUUGGAUAUUCAGUUUACUGGAGAAUAUAGGAGGGGGAAAGGACCUACCGGUAAUUCAUUAUCAGAUGAACAAAGACAACAAGACGUUUCAGGUUCAGAAUUUAUGCAAUUACCACAGCUUAAAAAAAGGCGUUUAACAUUUGAAAAAGAUCCUAGGAGGCAUGACGGCCAAACACGUCUCAAGUUUUUUUAGAAGAAAUGGAGGCUAACACUUUUAAGAAUUUUGUUGUGUACAAUACAUAAAAACAAAGGUAGCAGGCUUAAUCUUCUUUUAUAGUAACUUGUUUACAAUUUGUUUCAAUCUUAUAUGUAAUUAUUUUUUUAAAAAAUAAACAUGUAGGGAAUAGGAUAAAAGUUAAGGGUUUAUUAGAAAAAUCGAUGCUAUUUAUGACAAUUACAUUAAAAUAUUACAGUUUAAUUAUGCAUAAUUUAUCUAAUUCGUUUAUAUACACUAUACAUAAGAGAAAUGUAUUUGAAAUUGCAUACAGACUUUGGAAAAGUUUGGUCAGAGAGUCACCACAGUUGUCAGAAUGUGACACAUCAGCGCUUAGUAGUUUGCCUGUUCAGUUCUACAUAGCAGUUGUUAUCUCAGUAAAUGAUUAGUAUCUGGUCAAGUGAGUCAACUGAGUAAAAUCUCAAAACAAAAAAAUCAGGCAGGAUUAUUAGGUAUAUUCUCUGCCUUGGUGAGAUAAAAGGUUUCCCUGUCCUCUACUCUGAGUUAGAUAUAAAUCAAUGGAGUGCACAAAUCCUGCCAGAUCAGAUUGAUCAGGCAGAUGCAAUAGGAGACAGGCAGCCCUUCAAAUAGCCAGGCCCUUUAUAGGUAUCACACCCAAAAGCAAACUGGCAACCAGUGCAGUUCGCAAAGAGAAGUGUUAAAUGAGGAUACCAAGGCAUGCUAUCAUUGCUCAUGCCACUUUCUGGACUAGCUGAAGCUGCCAGGUGGUUUUCAAGGAUAGUCCGUG